GCCGCCGCCCGGAUCCAAAUCACACUCCGCCUCUCCGCUCAACCCGCCGCCAGCUUCGUCCGACGACCACCAGGCCCGCCAGACAGCCUCCAGCUUCGAGUUGACGACGUCCGCAUCGUCCUCAAGGAGACCACCCCGAGCAAGUCCACCUCGCCGUCGACCUCCAACUCCUCCUCUCCGCCGGCCACCAACUCCGCACCUGUCGAGUUCGUCGUCAUCAGUUCCAAGAUGCUGCGGAGGUUUAGUGAGGUUAUGGGGCCAAGGACCGUUCUUCGCUCAGCCAUCGCAGUUCAGGCUGCCAAGGCCCAGCACCCCACAUCUCCUUUGAUCCCAGGGUUUGGAGCAGUGACUCGUGCUUUCAGCUCAAGGUCUCUCUGGAAGGGAGCUUUCGUUGAUGCUUUCCUGUCUAGGAUAAAGAACAACGGAGGAGCAAUGAAUGGCAAGAAGAUUUGGUCUCGUAGAUCUUCAAUUUUGCCGGAAUUUGUUGGUUCUUCUGUGCUCAUUUACAAUGGGAAAACUCAUGUUCGUUGCAAGAUUAACGAGGGGAAGGUUGGCCAUAAGUUUGGUGAGUUUGCUUUUACGCGGAGACGAAGACCCCAUCGAACAACUAUAGCAAAGGGCAAACAAGUAAAGGGCAAAAAGUAAAAUAAGCACUGCGCAUAUGAAAGGCGGGUUUGCGGAGGAUGAUGGGACCAGGGCCUAGUUGAAGCAUAAGCACCUGAAUCAUUUUAAUACUUUUACAAUCUGGACUGCCUUUCUUGGGAUAAUAAUAAUAGGACGAUGUUUCUGGACUAUCUUGCUAUGCUAGUUAUCCCUUUGCUAGUGCUGUUAGCAUAACUCAGGGGGAGAUCCAUAUGCUGUUUUUUUGGGGUUUAUUGGGGUUUGAUGCCAUACCUAGCCUAGUGUCUUUGCACCUGUGCUCUAUGAGUGAACAUUGUACUGGGACACGUAACUUGUAAGUUAAGUAUGCUUCAUAGUGGUUGAUUUGUAGCUGAAA